AUGCUGUGCGCCUCUGAUCCAUCUCUGGUAGGCAAAGUCACCGAUGCUCUCGCCCAGGCUACUGCAUCUGGGUUGACCGUCGCUAGAACUUGGGCUUUCAGUGAUGGCGGCUACAGACCUUUGCAGUAUGCUCCUGGCCGCUACGAUGAAUCCAUGUUCAAGGCCCUAGAUUUUGUGGUGUAUGAAGCAGGAAAACAUGGGAUCAAACUGAUCUUGAGCUUGGUGAACAAUUACAAAGACUUCGGUGGAAGGCCUCAGUAUGUGGAAUGGGCGAAGCAGAGCGGACAGAAAUUAAAAUCGGACGAUGAUUUCUACACGAACCCUGUCGUAAAAAGCUACUACAAGAACCACGUGAAAACUGUUCUUACCAGAGUGAAUACAAUCAGUGGCCUUGCAUACAAGGACGAUCCCACCAUUUUUGCGUGGGAGCUCAUGAAUGAGCCUCGUUGUAUGAGUGAUUUAAGUGGCGCCACAUUCCAGAGGUGGGUUGCGGAAAUGGCUGCUUAUUUAAAGAGCAUAGACAGCAAACAUUUGCUGGAAAUCGGCCUUGAGGGUUUCUAUGGGGGCUCAUCGAUGCCUGACAGGAAGCAAUUUAAUCCUGACGGUGAAGUUGGAACCGAUUUCCUUGCCAACAAUCAAGUGCCAGAGAUCGACUUCGCCACCAUUCAUGCAUAUUCAGACCAAUGGUAGUCACUCUUCAAAUUCAUAUAUACAUGUUCUUCCGAUUCCUUGCUUCAAUACAUCAACGAUCAAAACUUUGAUGUUUCCAGGCUGCCAUCAAGCUCAAAGCAGGUG